CCCCAACAUAAUUUUCCAACAACUUUUAAAUUCGCUAAUAUGCCGUCAUACGGCACGAAGAAGCGCAGAGCGGAGGAGGCGUUAAAACAUUCUCACCAUGAAGAAUUCGAUACGUCCAAACCGGCAAGAAUAUUUCAGCGCAGAGCAGAGGACGCGUUAAAACAUUCUCAACAUGAAGAAUUCGAUACAUCCAAACCAACAAGAACGUUUCAGCGCAGAGCAGAGGACGCGUUAAAGCAUUCUCACCAUGAAGAAUUGGACACAUCCAAACCGACAAGUAUAUUUCAGCCCGACGCAGGGCGUUCAUCGACCGUGACCAUUGCCAUCCCAGGAAGCAUUGUUGCAAAUGCGCAAACACAUGAAUCGAAGACAGCGCUCGUAGGGCAAAUAGCAAGGGCAGCCGCCGUCUUUUGCAUCGAUGAAAUUGUCAUCUUCGAAGAUGGACAGGACGCUCAGGUCCGUGAAAGACAUCGGAGUUGGGUGGACGAUCGCCGAGUCUCGAACAAUGCGGCCGGCGAAGAUAGCCAUACCGGGUGGUCCGAUCCAAGCCAUUUCUUAUUCCAUCUGCUGUCCUACUUGGAGACUCCGCCGCACCUACGGAAGUCCCUUUUUCCCCUGCAUCCGAACUUAAGGACCGCGGGGACGCUGCCGAGUCUGGACAUGCCCCAUCAUUUGCGAUCCAAUGAAUGGGGUCAGUACCGCGAGGGCAUGACUGUCCCUUCUGACGACCAAAAUAGUGGCUAUCAACCAAAGAAAAAGCCAAAGCGCAACGUUGCUACCGAUGCCACGGAUGGAGCUGGCAACGACCUGAAGUGGACCACCGUUUACACCGGCCUUCCAAGCGACGCGUCCAUCCUCCUUCCCAAAGAUCUUCCCCCGAACAGCCGACUGACUCUCAAAUUCCCGACCCAUGACCCACCCGCCUCGCUGUACGACCCUGGCUCCGCGGAAGCGGUCGACCCGGCCGCACCGCGAGAGGAAGCCGGGUACUACUGGGGCUAUCAGGUCCGCAAGGCCGGGACGAUUUCCCAAGUCUUGACAGAAUGCCCCUGGCCAGGCGGCUAUGAUGUAUCCGUGGGCACGAGCGAGAGGGGCCGCCCCGUAUCCGAAGUGCUACCCAGGGACCCAACCGGCGAGGGUCAGGAGACGUCGCCAGACUGCCUGCCUCGCACGUUCGAGCACUUGCUCGUUGUAUUUGGCGGAGUGGCAGGGUUGGAGACCGCGGUGGAGGCGGAUCCGGAAUUGGCGGCGAAAGGUCUGGGGAAGAAGAAUACGGAGGAGUUGUUCGACUUCUGGAUCAACGUCUGCCCGGGACAAGGAAGUCGGACGAUCAGAAGCGAGGAGGCUGUGUGGGUGGGCAUGAGUGGACUGUGGCCAUGGAUCAGACCCGGUCAAUGAGUUUGAAGACAGGGCAAACACGGAUUUGCCAUGGUGGAUUGAUCCAUGGGGUCCAGCUUGCUUUGCAAAGAUGGAGGAAAUAUGUUGGCUUAGAAAUGUGCAUGGUCUGGUCCAUGGCAAUGCAAAACGGUUCUAGUCCAGAACAAGCGGUUAGAUCUCCAACGCGUGAUCAAGGUCCUAUCUUUAAUCCCGUGAAGUUUUGGAGCAUUUCAGGAAGAGAUUCUAGGCGUCUCUGUUGGCGGCUUCUGGGUGGCGUGAACGACCAUGGGUAUAUAGAGAAAUACAUUUUGAGUUCAUUCUUCUAUGACAUAUAAUUCAUCAACGCUAUGGAGUACCCCAACACCAAGUACAU